AUGGCUGGGGCGGCGGGAUGCGCCUCCGCCGUCGCGCGCCGUCUCCUCGCGCUCCUCGCCCUGCUCGCCUCUUCCAGCCGCCCCGGAGCGACGGCGGCCAACACCCAGGUGAUGGGAGCCGCCCUCGGCCCGCCGUUGGGGGACCCCCAGGUUGCCAUGUUCUGUGGGAAACUGGUGUUGCACCUCAACGUACAAACAGGCCGGUGGGAGCCGGACGCCUUUGGCACCCACACUUGCUUCCACACCACUGAAGACAUCCGCAGCUACUGCCAGGAGGUGUACCCCGAGCUGCAGAUAACCAAUGCCGUGGAGGGCACCCAGCCCGUCACAAUCGACAACUGGUGCAAGAAGGGGCGGCCCAAGUGCAAAAACCAUCGGCACAUCGUGGUGCCUUAUAGGUGUCUGGUGGGUGAAUUUGUGAGCGAGGCGCUCCUUGUGCCCGACAAAUGCAAGUUCCUGCAUCAGGAGAAGAUGGACUCGUGUGAGAGCUACUUGUAUUGGCACAGCGUGGCCAAAGAGGCCUGCAGCGGCGAGGAACUGGAGCUUCACAGCUACGGCAUGCUGUUGCCCUGCGGGGCCGACCGCUUCCGAGGGGUCGAGUACGUGUGCUGCCCCUCUCGUCCCGCCCCCAUCCGGGUAGAACAAGCCACCGAGGCCCCUCCGGGCCUCGCCCAUCUGAGGGCAGAAGCGCUGUACAGCAACAAGGUUCCAACAGCUCGCAUCCCAACGGAGGAAGAGAGCCUGGAACUGGAGGAAGAUCGGGACCUGGACGAGGAGGAAGAGGAGGUGGAGGAAGAGGAGGAAGAAGAAGAGGAGGAGGAGGAAGAAGAGAGCCCUGCAGACACCGCCUCAGACUCAGACCCCUUCCCUAAUGCCUGGGAUGACUACUUCGUGGAGCCGGGUUAUUACGACGACAGCAUCACCCAGACGACCAUCACCACCACUACGCAGACCACCGAAGAGGACGUCAAAGUGACCCCAACCCCUCGUCCGACUGACGGAGUGGACGUCUAUUUUGAAAUGCCCGGAGACGGGAGCGAACACGCCAACUUCCUGCGAGCCAAGAUGGAUCUGGAGGAGCGCCGCAUGAGGCAGAUCAAUGAGGUGAUGAAAGAGUGGGCCGAGGCCGACAACCAAGCCAAGAACUUGCCCAAGACUGACCGGCAGGCACUCAACGAGCAUUUCCAGUCCAUCCUCCAGACGUUGGAAGAGCAGGUGGCCAAGGAACGACAGAGGCUGGUGGAGACUCACCUGGCCCGGGUGGUGGCCCUGCUGAACGACAACCGACGCGUGGCGCUCGAGAGCUACCUGACGGCUGUGCAGAGCGAUAACCCUCAGCCGGACCGUGUCCUGGCAGCCUUGAAGAGGUACGUGCGGGCAGAGCAGAAAGACCAGCGCCACACCCUCCGCCAUUACCAGCACGUGGCUGCCGCCGAUCCCGAGAAGGCUGAGCAAAUGAAGUUCCAGGUGUACACCCACCUCCAUGUCAUUGAAGAACGAAUGAACCAGAGCUUGGCCUUGCUGUACAAGAAUCCUCAACUUGCUCAAGAGCUCCGUGGGGACAUUGAGGAGCUGCUGAGAUCCGAAAGGGUGGCGACCAAUGACCUGCUCACCACGUCCAUCUCGGAGACGCGCACCACCGAGGAGUUCCUCCCCAUGGACAGUAGCGAGGACGUGGCCGCCGAGAGUCAUUCGUACCCACGUGACGGAGAAGAUUCUGAACAAGUUGACAAGAAAGCUUCUGGACUGGCAGAAUACGACUACCCAACUAGUGACAAAGCCUUGCUGUAUGAGUACGAGCGGAAGGUUAAUGUGUCUGCCUCGGACCUCAAAGGCCUGGUGUACAAAUCCCAAGAGAUCCAACGGGACGAGUUGGUAAGUGGCUCUGGAGCCAGCCCGAAACAGCUUCACCUCGCCUUCCCACCUGGCCAGGAGCCGGACACCUUGGUGACCAUCAACCGGGGCGCCCUGAUCGGCCUUCUGGUGGUGGCCGUGGCAGUCGCCAUGGUGAUCAUCGUCAGUCUCCUGAUGGUCCGCCGGAAGCCCUACGGGACCAUCAGCCACGGCAUUGUCGAGGUGGAUCCUAUGGUGAGCCCCGAGGAGCGGCAGCUGAACAAGAUGCAGAACCACGGCUACGAGAACCCCACCUACAAAUUCUUUGAGGAGAUGAACUGAGAUCCUCGGUGCUACAGGCGGGGCGGGGGGGGAAUGUGGUGUCACUGGGGAGGU